CUCAGGGCAAAGCAUAGGAAGAGAGGAAGAAGCGGGUGUCUUUGCCCUGCACCGCGACAUCUACAGGAGUGGAUGACCAAGAGCAGCGAUCGGCGUCCCGGUCCCGGCCCCGGCCCCGGCCCCCUGACCGAAUGUGAGAGACUGGUGAAUCUGGAAAAUGCCUCAAAAAGUUCUCAAGUGCAUAAUUCAACUUGAAAUCCACGCGGUAACUUGUCCAGGUGUGAUAUUACCAAGAAAAGAUGAUGUAUACCUCAGUAUUUGUGUCCUUGGUCAGUAUUGGAAAACAAGGUGUUUUCUCCCAGUUUUCCCCCUGCUUAUUCAUGAAAAAUUUCAAAUUGAAAAGGUGUUUGGGAAAGAUAUUGUUGAUCCUGCUGAUGUUGCUGCAUUCUUAGAACGUGAUAGUACAAAGUUUGAGUUAAUACAGUUCACUCCUUCAGGAAAUGAAAGACUGGCAAACUAUGAAGAUGAUACUAGAAAUUUCUUAUUUCCUGAGCCCAAGUUAACUCCUUCAUACCCUGGAGUGGAUAGAGAAGUACUGAUGAGACGACGUUCAACAGUUUUCUUACUGACACCAAAACUAGAAUUUUCUACAACAACAACAAUUACAGAGUUUUCUCCAAGAUCUGCAAAGAGAAUUACCUCCAGUUUAUGUCUGUCAGAAAAUGGAAGGAAAGAGAAUCCAGUUAGAAAACCAAGAUGUGCAAAAUCAUUUAAUCUGAUAGGAAGAUCACGCACUGAAAGGAGGUCUGAAAAGGAAACCAUGAAGCCACUAAUAAUGAGCAGGUCAAGAUCCCUUUCUCCUUACUGUAGGAAAUGUUUUCUCGAGCUUUGCCAAGAUGAUAUGCAGCAUUCAUCCUCAUUCAAUUCAGAGACACAUUCCAGACCGAGUUUGACAAACCAAACUUGUGACAGAAGGAAGUCAGAGAAGUAUACUCCAUCACUAUCAUGCUCAAUGUUUGAUAAAAGCACAAGAGCCAGACCAAGAACUGCAAGUUCAGCUUGGUGCAGUUGUGAUGUUUGCUCACCAACAUAUGGUGCAGACAAGAGUCCAAGUUUCAGAGAGCCAAUUAGCUGGGAAGAACUGUCUAAUGAUACAGACGAGCUUAUUAGUUAUCCACUGAAUUCAACCGUUAGAGACAAUCCAAGUGAUCAGUCCUUGCCAUCUAUCUGUACAAAGAGAAAAUCAUCUAGUAGGUUUUAUUUUGAUCCAGUUGGCCAUCCUGCAUGGGACAGAAUCCAUGAACGAGUACAAAAUCUUUUGGCUAGUAUUGAUGCACAGGAAAAGGCCACAGCUAAGAAAGUUAGUUUCACCUGCUCACCAUGUACAUAACAAGACAAGUGAGAAAAAGAAGCAGCAAAUGCUAUUAAAGACUGCAUGUCAUUCACAAAUUACUGCAAGGAAGACCUUCCUCGAAACAACUGGUGCAACAAAACUUUGGACAAAUAAAACAAGCAUAAAUCUUUUAUCAGCUGUUAUGUAACAUUCAGAUUGAACCGUUAUUGAUCAUUUAAAAGGCCAUAGUCGUAUUGUAGUAUUGAUGCACCAGAUCUGAGUAACUGCUUUAGCUUUACUUCAAGUGUAUUUUCAACCAAUUGUUGGUUUGUUUAAUUAGUGAAGUUGGAUUAAGAUGUUACAGUAUCCAUGUAGAAUUUUAAGAAUUGUAUUUUAAAGCUGCUCCAAUAGGGGAGAAAAUUCCUGAUGGUUUCUUAUCCCCAAGAGACCUAAUUACUGAUUAAUGUUAGUUGGCAAAAGACAGUAGGAUAAACCAAUAGUAGAUUGUCAGUUCAGCACUCUUCAAGGGCCAUUCAAUUCAUAAUCCUUUCCAACUAAAUGAUUUGCUGAUCUAAUGUACCAACUUUAAUGCAUAGCUUUUUUAGGUUGCUCUCCUUAAAACAAGGGCAUGCAUUCCAGGCUUAUUUAUGGACUGUCAGACAAAGAAUGGAAUGGAUAGCUCAUUUAAUUCGCAUCAGUACCGAAAGCCAAGAAUAUCUCUUUCCCAGUACUUAGUAAUUUACAGCAUCUGCAGUUAGCUGAAAAGCUGACUGCCCAGUUUUCUCUUAUCUCAAUCUUAUUUUUGUCCACAUACUUUAAGCCGGAAUAUUAAAACUAUAAUGACGUUUGCAGUACUGAUUCGAUUACUUUAUUUUGCUCUCCUUUUUCAAUAACUUUAAGGAAAUUGCAGGAUUUUAUUUUCUGAUGACUUAUUGACUUGUUUUGUAUCUUGAAAAUGAAGCAUCUUUCAGGGCCUAGUAUAUUUCAGAACAGGCACAUUCAGAGUCUGGUGCAAGAUUUAAUUUAUUCUGGUUGGUAUGAAGAUAUUAUGGUUUGAAAUGCAAGUGCUAUUUCAAGUGGGAUGUGGUAAUGCCAAAUUCAGAACCAGUAGUGUUGCAUUGUGGUUCAUCCUAUUUUCUGAUUCUUUACUUUCUGGAUUUCUCUUCUUUACUUGUUGGCAUAAAGAGGUUCUGCAGAUUCUGGAAAUUUUGAGCAACACAAACAAAAUGCUGGAGGAACUCAACAGGUCAGGCAACAUCUAUGUAGAAAACUGCCCCUUCCUUUCCAGUCCUGAUGAAGGGUCUCAGCCUAAAAAACGAACUGUUUAUUUCCCUCCUUAGCUGCUGCCUGACUUGCUGAGUUCCUCCACCAUUUCAUGUGUUCUCUAUUUGUGCAGUGCAGGACUCAUGAAACUAAGGUCUUCUCCAUAAAUUGUGCACUAUUCUUGUGAAGUACUCAAAUGUUGGGCAAAAUUAAUUUAUAUUAAUUCUAUUCACCUGUUUGGUGUGCAUUGGAAGGAGGGAUAACUAAAGGGAACCAUUAUUUGUAAACGGUUAUUAAACUAGUAAUCAACUACUUAAGCUAAUUUGUUACUGUUGUCUCCAACAUCUGUUUGAAAUAUGAUCAAGCGAGUACAGGAGAUCUCAGUGACUAAAUCUUCGCAUUUUUUUCUUGCCAUCUGUAUGAAGUAUUUCACUCCCAGGGGAUUAGUAGCCUUAUGUGUGGUUAACCAUCUCAGUUAGAAGGCUCCAAUCAACUUGUCAACUGAUUUUUAUUAGAAGCUUACAUACCAAAUCAGGACAUCAGCAAAAAGGCUUGGACAUCAGACACAGAUUCAUUUUAUUUGAAUCUGAUAUACAAGGGAUCAAGACGAAAUAAAUCCCUCUUAUCACCAGGUGAUUUGAAAGUCGUUUCUUGAGACCAAGUGAUCAGUGCAGAAGGAAGGACAAUUAGUAUAGGAGCAAGGCAGUAUCCAUGAAAAAGGAAGUAAUGGAUUUCUGCUUGUCUCUAUUUGCCUGGUCUUAGAAUGGAAUUGCAGAUUUAAAAACAGGCUAGGCAGGCCAGAGUGAUGCUGAAUUUUCUUAUUGAAAGAAAAUACCUAUCGUCUUUGUGUACAAGAUAAUGGGAGGCAUUGAUCAUGUGGAUAUUCGGAGUCUUUUCCCCAGGGCUGAAAUGAUUUAAGAUGCUUGGAAGUAGGUACAGAGGAGAUGUCAGGGAUAAGUUUUUUACGCAGAGAGUGAUGAGUGCAUGGAAUGGACUGCCAGCAGUGGUGGUGGAGGCGGAAAUGAUAGGGUCUUUUAAGAGGAUCCUGGAUAGAUACAUGGAGCUUAGAAAAAUAGAGGGCUACGGGUAAGCCUAGGUAGUUCUAAGAUAAGGACAUGUUCGGCACAGCUCUGUGGGCUGAAGGGCCUGUAUUAUGCUGUGGGUUUUCUAUGUUUCUAUCUUAGAAUUUAAAAAAAACAGGACUGGGAAUGGGCUAGAGCUGAUCUCCCAAUCUGCUCAUAUCUGAUACAUCCUUAACAUAAUUACCCAAAUCUGUGUCUCCCUUGUGGUACAUGUGUUUGUCAAUCACCACCUUGAAUUCACCCAAUGAGUCCUCCUCCACAAAGGCAGAGAUUUCCAAAGAUUCAAGACUAUCUGAAAAAAAAUUUCAUCCUCAUUUUUAUUUUCACUAUUCUUGUGAAUAGACACUCAGACACUCAGACACAACAGACACUCAGGGUCGAAUCAAAGGUGUAUUUAUUUAUCUUGUACUAUGUCUUUAUUACAAACAUCAAGUACUGCAGGGCCAUCCCAUUAGUGAGUUGCUCGAUAGCAAUGGAGCUGGAUUUAUUGCAGACCAUUGGACCAUGCAAUGUGCGACUAAUAAUAGAGAAAUACAAUAAUUUUCUAAAUGGUGAGGGAUUGAAAAAUGUUGGUGUUCAGAGAGCGCAGAUACAAACAAAAUCAUUUUAAGUUGCCAUGCAAGCAAUGUGGUAGGCAACAGCAUUCUGGCCUUUAGGAGUAUUUGAGUACAAGAGUAAAGACAUCUGACUGUAGUUAUAUAGGGUCUUAAUAAUGUGUGCUACCCAGCAAGUUCUCCCUGAUAAAAGGUAAACUUACAGUAUAUUAGAGGGAGUAAAAUGAAGGUUCAACAAUAUGAUUCCUUGGAUGGUAGGGCAUGCAUGGCAGAAUUAUCCUAUGGGGAGAAUUUGAGUGGUUUAGGCAUAUACCUUCAAGAGUUUGGGAGAAUAGGAGAUGUGCUUGUUGAAGCAUGCAUUAGUUUCAUGUUUCCCCUCACUCUGAUGUCUAAGCCAGAUGUCACAGUCUUAAAAUGACAGAGAUGAGAGAAUUAUCACAAAGAGGCAAAUUAAUUUUUCGGGUUUUAUUCCCAAGGGUGCUUUAGAGGUUCAGCUACUGAGUAGAUCCAAGAUAGGACUGAGUAGGAUUUUAGCCAAGGAGAGAUAUGUGACUUCUUCAGGAAAGUGGUACUGUGAUCCUAAGUCAGCCAAGAAUAUUGGAGCAGACACAAAUUAUUCAAAGAUCUAUAACUGUUACCAUUCCUUACCUUCUUGGUCAUAUCGUGCAUGCAAAACAAAUGAUCCCAGUAAUGGAUUAAAUCAUUGGAUAAUCUAUCAUUGCAUGAUUCCUAUGGUGAGCCAUUUAUUUUACAAAUCUUUUCUGUUAGCAGCCUGUCUGACUACUGCUAACCUCUGUCAGCAUGAUUUUCUGCCCUCCCACAUAAAGAAUGGUUCACAAGCAUUAUUUUCAUGACUAUCUUUCACAGCAGCUUGUUGACUAGAGUUGAAAACCUUCAUUAUUCCAUUCCUUACUAAUGGAACCUCUGGUAUUAACAUUUGGUUGCUAUAACCCUUGGUUUUUCAAACCUGAAAACCUUCUACAUCUGACAUUGAAUCCCUAUUUUUAUACUAACCCACUUCCUGAGUCACAUUUUUAAAGUCACAUAUUUGAUUUGUGCCUCAUGUGAUUUUCCGUUUCAUUAAAGUCAAUGAAGCAUGAAGUCAGUGUGUAAGUCAGACACCUGUCCAAGUGUGCCACAUUCUCACCAGGUGGAAUAGGUUAAAAAGCUAAAGGAUGUGGAAAAUUGCCAUCAUUUUCCCCAAAAGCUAGAAUGAAUAUUGGACUUUAUCAUUUGGUCUAUUCUACAAUGCAUUUGAAGAACAAGAAGGACAUAAAAUCUUAUUAAAUGAACAAACCUUGCAUUAUGUUGUGAAGUCAGCUGUUUGCCUUACAAGCACACCAGUUUUCAUGAUACUGCAGAGCUGUUGCUUACUUUGCCAGUUCCAGAAAGUCAUGCUGUAACUCUCCUGCCCAGCUAUUGAUUGUUUUCUGAAGAUGGUGUUGCUUUUGAUGUGCAGUCAGUGGCCACUUUAUUAGGUACAGGAGUACACCUAAGAAAGUAGUCACAUAAGUGAAAUCCAAUGUGUUCUUCCGCAGUUGUAACCCAUCCUCUCCAAGGUUCAACGCGUUAUGCAUUCAGACAUGCACUUCUGCACGCCACUGUUGGAAAGUGUGAUAAUUUGAGUUACUGCCACCUUCCUGCCAGUUUGAAGCAGCUUGGUCAUUCUCCUCUGACUGCUCUCAUUAACAAGGCCUUUUUUUUUUCACAGAGCUGCUGCUCACUCGAUGUUUUGUUUUGAUUCUUGCACUAUUCUCUGUAAACCGUAGACAGUGUUGUGCAUGAAAAUCCCAGGAUAUCAACAGUUUAGAGAUACUCAAACCACUAUCAACAAUCAUUCCAUGAUCAACGUCACUUAGAUCACAUUUCUUACCCUAUUCUGAUGUUUGGUCUGAACAACAUCUGAACCCCUAGACCAUGUUUGCAUGUUUUUAUGCAUUGAGUUGCUGUCAGAUGAUUGAUUGAUUAGAUAAUUGCAUUAAUAAGCAGGUGUAUCUACAAAAAGUGGCCACUGAGUGUGUGUAAAUGCCCAAUAUUAUCCAAACAAGGACACUCAUAUUAAAGAACCAAAAGACACCUGUUCAAAAUCUGUAAAAAUAAACAUUAUUGGCUUCAUAAAUAAACUUUGAAAUUUUAUUUUACUAUAUUUUAAGACUAACAGCCCAAGUCUCUCCAUUAAAUUUAGUGCUUAAGAAACUGAAUUGUGCAGUGUGUUUUUGAAUGGUGCAUGAUUCAAUUUCAAUGAAAUAUUAAUCACGAAGGAAGAGCAAAGACAUUGCAACUUCCUGAAAGUCAUUUCCACAAAGCUGUGAGUCCUCUGUUCGUCUAAUGCAUAGGGGAGCCUUAAUGUAUGUAAUGUAAUCUAACAAGACAUGCACUACAUUGGGAUACUACCUACAGGAUUUCAAUUCACAUAUCCUUUGCCAUUGGACCACCUAUACAAAGGCAGGCUUAUGAGGCUUGCAUCAAUGUUAAGUUCAGAGGUUCCUGCUUGAGGAGUUCCCUGGUUCUGAGAUCCAGAUCUCAGAUAGGUCUUUAAAUAUUCAGCCUUUGCAAAGGGCACCCACCCCACCUCGAGCCAUCACCAUUUUCGUUAUCCCACCAGACAUCCUAUUCUCUAGUCAACAGCAUCACCAAACACUGGGCUUUAUGCCUGAUUUCUUCUCUAUCAUUGUCCUCAGAUCUUCUGUCCUGACUACUGAUUCCUCACCUCUUAUCCAUCUACUGAACCUGACAGAGACCCACCAUCAGCAACACAACCAGAUCCCAAUUGAUCAGUACCUGACUCCCUGAACUCCCUUCCCUCUUCUACUCAGAUUAUAAAAGUAAACUCAGAUGUGAAAUCCCAUUAUUUUACAGUACAAAUGUUCUGGUUUGUGUAAUAAUUUGACUUUACCAUAUUUUCAAAGUGAUGCUGAUUUGUCAACAAAAAUCUCAAUAAUCAGCGAGUUGUUUAAUGAAUCAGUUGCUUUGUGAGCCAGUUGCAUGCUUAUCUCUGAACUGUGAGUUUAAAACUUACUUCAUGGAAUUAAACAAAAAAUUCAAGCUUGACACUUUAGUGCAAUCCAAUUUGAGAUACCAUACUUCAGAAGUAGAUUCUUGAACCCAGGUGCUAUCUGUUCUAAGUACGAAGAUAAUAAUCUCUUAAUGCUCUGUAAAAGAGGGAAAUGGAUGCCCUCCCCAAUACCCUAGUCACUAUUUAUCCUGAAACCUUCACAAAUGACUUAGCCACAUCACAUUACUGUUUGUGGGUACUGACUGUACAUUAUUUGGACCCUGCACUUUUAUGUAUGUGCUUAGAAUUUGUGGGUUAAACUUCACAGAGUCACUGGCCAAUGUAAGUCCACAACUAUUAAUUUAUCUAUUGUAGUCUACACCUGAAUAAGGCCAUCUGGGAUGUUAUAAGAGAGAAAAAGCCUUUGGAGGGAGAGUCAUUAACAAGAUCAGAAAGUAGAGAGGUUUGGCGAUAAGUCAUGAAGAUUGAUUGUGUGCGAGCAGGAAUCAGAUAGUCAGGCUUGGGAUCAUUGUUUGAAGGCAAGAAAGUAAUUAAGUAUUUCUUAUGGUGUUGGAGCACAUAAAUGGGUCGGUUGAAGAUCAGUGCUGGUAUGGCGUGGUGGUGGGGUAAUACAAGGGCCAGGGAUAGGAUAAGGAAUGGUUUUGGAAGUUCUUGCCAUGGGUGGUGGGAUUCCUAAGGAAAGUCAGGUAAUUAGAUCACACAGGAGUCUAGAAUUGGGUUAUGAUUGCUGUGCUGGAAGUUAGCACUUUGAAAGCUUAUUUCAGCAUGCGUAGCCCUUGUUUAGAAUUGAAAAUCCCAGAUUGCAUCUAGAUAUGAAUUGUUUUGAACUAGAUAUUGCUUCAGGUAUCCAGAAUCUUAAUGUAUCAAAUUUCAUUUCUCCUAGGAGCCUGAAAUAAAAAUCAUGAAUUCACAAUCCCAAUAAUAAUCCCAAAUUUUACACUAAUGCCUUAUUUUUCCUAAAAAUCAGAUCAACAUGAAUUUGUGGCAUUACCUAAUCCAAUUUAGUGAGAUACAGCAGCAUUUUAUUUUAAAUAUUUACCAUGAGGUAUUCUGAUGCUGUGAAUCUACAUAUACAUAAUUAAAGAAUUCUGUUAAAGAAAUUAUUUGAGUAGUUAUACAAUUUUAUAAUGAAUUAUGCAGGAAUUGCUGAUUGAACCACAAAUUGGUAUUUUCUACUGUUUGCUUCACUUUCUCAAAUAAUAGUGUUUUGUAAUGUUUUCAUGGAUCCUGUGUAUUAUAAAAAUUAUGUAAGAAUUAAAUAAGCUAAACCUAACCCUUCAGAUCUUCAAAUGUUGCUGUUUUAAAGUUGCAACAGAAUUUUGAAAGUACAAGAGAGUUCAACAGAUUUUUAACAAACAUGCACUGUGUUGUAGUGCCAACUGGAAUAAUUAAAUUUGUUCCCCUGAAAACAAAUGAAAUGUAAUGCAACAAUAAAUAAAAUUAUUUGUUAAUUUCA